GCGAGCGAGCAAGCAAGAAAGAAAGAGAGAGAGAGAGAGAGAGGGAUAGAGAAGAGAGGAGGAACGUAACAGAGAGGAUAUUACGUCUUACUCGUGUCAGCCUAUUGUCCACUAGGCUAUCACGUUCAAUAAAUUAUCCAGGAACAUUUCAAGACUCCUCUAAAAGUUUGUAUAGUUAAACAAAGAAACAAAAUAAAUUACAAAGAUGCCUGCUCGAUUCGAAGGUGUAAACAGUCCUAUCGUACGAGAGCCAAUCGUUUCGAAUGGUGUUUCCCAUAAUCUCAACGAGGAUAUUGUCAUAAGUGGUUUCUCAGGUCGUCUACCAGAAUCGUCAAAUAUAGAAGAAUUUAAAGCAAAAUUAUUCGAUGGAAUCGAUUUGGUCACAGACGAUGAACGUCGUUGGCCCUCCGGUCUAUAUGGUUUACCAACUAGAAGUGGUAAACUUAAGAAUCUCGAGUAUUUCGAUGCCACUUUCUUUGGUGUACAUGCUAAGCAGGCUCACGUAAUGGAUCCACAACUUCGAAUGCUCUUAGAAAUAACCCAUGAAGCUAUUAUCGAUGCUGGCAUCAAUCCUGUUUCAAUAAGGGGCACAAGAACUGGUGUAUUCAUAGGGGUUUCUUCAUCGGAAUCUGAUGAAUUUUGGACGAGAGAUCCAGAGAUGGUCAAUGGAUAUGGGUUGACUGGAUGUUGCCGGGCAAUGUUUCCAAACAGAAUUUCAUAUACCUUCGAUUUCCAAGGACCAAGUUAUGCAGUAGAUACAGCCUGUUCAUCUUCAUUAUACGCAAUGCAUCAAGCAAUAGCUUCAAUGAGAUCUGGAGAAUGUGAUUCAGCUAUAGUUGGUGGUUGUAAUUUACUUUUGAAGCCAACAAGUUCACUACAAUUUCACAGAUUAAACAUGUUAUCUCCGGAUGGUAUGUGCAAGGCUUUUGAUGCAGAUGGAAAGGGUUAUGUAAGGGCAGAAGCGGCUGUGGUUAUAUUUUUGCAAAAGUCGAAGGAUGCUCGUAGAGUUUAUGCCACUGUUGUUCAUUCUAAAACAAAUGUGGAUGGCAAUAAGAUCCAAGGAAUUACUUUUCCUAAUGGAGAUAUGCAGAAUAAGUUGAUGCAAGAAGUAUAUUCGGAAUGUGGCAUUAAUCCAGCCGAUGUUGCUUAUGUUGAAGCCCAUGGAACUGGUACGAAAGUUGGAGAUCCACAGGAAGUUAAUUCGAUUGCAGAUAUAUUUUGUAAGAACAGAAAAGGACCCUUGCUUAUUGGAUCGGUUAAGUCAAAUAUGGGUCACUCAGAACCAGCCAGUGGAUUAUGUUCAAUUGCAAAGAUUCUUAUUGCAAUGGAAAGUGGUAUUAUUCCACCUAACUUACAUUUUAAUAGUCCUAAUACUAACAUACCUACAUUGUUGGAUGGAAGGAUGCAGGUGGUUGACAAACCAUUGCCAUGGAAAGGUGGUCUGGUAGCACUGAACUCAUUUGGUUUUGGCGGAGCAAAUGCACACAUUGUUUUACGUAGUAACCCAAAGCCAAAAUUGUCACCAGUAUUGGAAACUAAAUUACCUAAACUUGUAAUUGCGUCUGGCCGUACUGAAGAGGCUGUUGACUUUUUGUUAGACACAAUUAAACAAUACGAACAGGAUGAUGAAUUUAUUUCAAUAAUCCACGAUAUACAUGCUGAUAAUAUUUCUGGACAUUCUGUGCGUGGGUUUGAAAUAUUAGGAAAUUCUAAUAUUCGCGAUGUCAGUCAAUAUAAUAAUUCGGGUAAACGACCUAUAUGGUUUGUAUUUUCUGGUAUGGGUUCGCAAUGGGCUGGUAUGGGAAAAGAAUUGUUUUGCAUUGAAACCUUCCAACGUAGUAUGCUACGUUGUGCUGAAGCGUUGAAACCAGAAGGCAUUGAUCUGAUCAAUCUCAUUCUACAUGGAACAAACGAGACUUUUAAGAAUGUAUUAAAUUGUUUUGUAUCAAUUGCUGCUAUUCAAGUAGCGCUUGUUGAUUUAUUAACGUUAUUAGAUAUACAUCCAGAUGGUAUCAUUGGACACUCUGUUGGAGAGUUGGGAUGUGCAUAUGCCGAUGGUACUUUUACACCUGAACAAACAGUCUUAGCAGCGUAUUGGAGAGGAAAAUGUAUAUUAGAAUGCAAUUUACCACCUGGAGGAAUGGCUGCGGUUGGUCUCGGCUGGCAAGAAACAGCGAAACAUUGCCCUCCUGACGUUUCGCCAGUUUGUCAUAAUGCUCCUGAUUCCGUAACGGUCUCUGGCCCAGCCGAUUCUGUUCUCAAAUUUGUAGAUGAAUUGAAAAGUCAAAAAAUCUUCGCCAAAUCUGUUGAUAGUUCUGGCUUUGCUUUCCAUAGCAAAUAUAUAGCAUCGGCUGGUCCCAAAUUACGUACAGUACUUGAGAAAAUUAUUCCAAAUCCAAAACAACGUUCUGCCAGAUGGAUCUCGAGUUCUAUACCUGAGAGUGCUUGGGGUGGUCCACUCGCACAACUUAGCUCAGCAGCAUAUCACGUAAACAAUCUUUUAUCGCCUGUAUUAUUCCAAGAAGCAUUGGCUUAUGUACCAGAAAAUGCAAUGGUUAUUGAAGUUGCACCUCAUUGCUUGCUUCAAGCAAUUCUACGCAGAUCCUUACCCCCAACUGUAACAAACAUUGGUCUUCACAAAAGAGAUUACGCAAAUAAUACAGACUUCUUUUUAAGCAAUAUAGGGAAAUUAUAUACCGCAGGUGGUCAGCCCAAAAUUUCCAAAUUAUAUCCACUUAUUAACUAUCCCGUUGGUCGUGGUACACCGAUGUUAAAUUCCCUUAUUAAAUGGGAUCACUCAACUGCAUGGAGUGUAGCUAAUUUUGCUAAUACAGCUCGUUCUGGAGAAAGUAUCGUUGAAAUUGAUUUAUCCAAAGAAACAGAUGCUUAUAUCAGUGGACAUACGAUUGAUGGAAGAAUUUUGUUUCCCGCAACUGGUUAUUUAACUAUUGUAUGGAAAACAUUCGCAAAACUUCACAGUACUGAUUAUGAAAAAAUGCCAGUGGUUUUUGAAAAUGUAAAGUUCCAACGUGCUACGAUCAUUCCAAAAGAAGGCUCAGUAAAAUUCCUAAUAAAUAUUUUUGAUGGUAGCGGUGAAUUUGAGAUUUGUGAAGGUGGAUCUGUUGCGGUUACUGGUAAAAUUCGUGUACCAGAAAACAUAGAAAAGGAACAAUUGAGCCUGCCAGCUCCUACCACUCAAGAUGAAACUGGCCUUAUGGAAUUAAAUACUAGUGAUGUUUACAAAGAUCUCAGAUUACGUGGUUACGAUUACAGUGGAAUUUUCCAAGGUAUCAAGAUAUCGGACAAUCGAGGAAUAAACGGACAACUUUCUUGGAAUAACGAUUGGAUUUCAUUUAUGGAUACUAUGCUUCAAUUUUCUAUACUUGGCAAAAGUGUCAAAGAAUUAUACAUUCCAACACGCAUACAACAUAUUUCUAUAAAUCCUACUGCUCAUUUGAAAUUAGUGAACAAACUUCCACAAGAAGGAGGAAGUCUUCCAGUUUAUAACUACACAAAUAUUUCUUGCAUCAAGUCGGGUGGCGUUGAAAUGAGAGGUUUGAAAGCAUCAUUAGCUCCAAGGAGACAACAAGUUCAAGCAGCGCCCAAACAUGAACGAUAUACUUUUGUACCAUAUGAAAAUUAUCAAAUCCUUUCUGAAGAUCCCGACAAAGCUAAGUUACAUAUUCUAACGGUUUUAUUGGGUAUUGUUCAUGAAAAUGUAUUCAGUUUUAAGCUAAAAAUAGCUGAAGUAGCUGGAGAAAGAGCAGCCGAAGCUUUAAUGUCAUCAUUGGUGUUACAAAUUUUGUAUAGCGAACCUGGAAUUAUUAAUAUUGAAUCACAACUGAUAACCACUUCGCCAGAUAAUUAUGCUGCAUCUUUGGAUCAAUCAGAUAUAAAGAUUGUAGCUAUAGAUAUAAACAAUGCACUUGCUGGACAGGAUUUACAUCUUGUAAUAGCAGCCGAUGUACUUAGUAACAAAUCUCUAACUGUCUUAGAAAACUUAUCUAAAUCGUUGAAAAAUGGAGGAUUUAUUAUUCUGGAAGAGACUGGAAAAUUCGAUGUGAAAUUAUUAAAAGGUACUGGAUUAACGGUCGUUAGUACACAAAUUAACGCUGGAAAGAUUUAUGUGCUUUUGAAGAAACUCGAACAGAAAGGUGAACCUAUAAUUAUUCAAAUUAACGAAAAGAAUUUCUCUUGGCUGGAAAAAGUUAAAGCUGUAUUGCAUAAAUCUGAAACGGAAGGUCAAGAGAUACUUUUCGUUAGUCAAGGCGAAGAAUUACUUGGAAUGAUCGGUUUCAUGAAUUGUCUUCGUUUUGAGAGUGGUGGGAAAAACGCUCGUUACGUUUUCAUUCAAGAUAAAAAUGCACCAAAAUUUUCUUUAACUUCAAAAUAUUAUGCCGACCAAUUAAGCAAGCAAUUAAUUGCGAAUGUAUCGAAGGGACGUCAUUGGGGAAGUUAUCGUCAUUUACGUUUGGAGCAACAGAACGACGCAUCGUCUCUGAAAGUUGAGCAUGCUUACAUUAAUACUUUGGUUAGAGGUGACUUGACUAGUUUAAGAUGGAUCGAAAGCUCUUUGAGUUAUUACCAACCUGAAAAAUAUCCAGACACUGAAAUGUGUAGCGUUUAUUAUGCUCCGUUGAAUUUCAGAGACAUCAUGUUAGCUACUGGAAAGUUACCACCAGAUGCAUUACCAGGUGACAUGGCUUCUCAAGAUUGUAUUUUGGGUCUUGAAUUUUCUGGUAGAAAUACCAAAGGACAAAGAGUAAUGGGAAUGGUAGCGUCUCGAGGGUUAGCAACAACCGUCUUAGCAGAUCCAGGAUUUAUGUGGGAAGUACCCGAUAAAUGGAGCUUAGAACAAGCAGCAACUAUUCCAGUUGUCUAUGCAACGAGCUAUUAUGCUCUCUUUGUACGUGGUAAAUUACGACCAGGUGAAAGCGUUUUGAUUCAUGCUGGUACCGGUGGAGUUGGUCAAGCAAGUAUUGCAAUAGCUUUACAUGCUGGAUGUAAAGUAUUCACUACAGUAGGAUCUGAAGAGAAACGAACUUUCCUAAAAAAGACAUUCCCGCAAUUGACCGAUAAAAAUAUUGGUAAUUCAAGAGAUACCAGUUUCGAACAACUGAUUCUAACUGAAACUAAUGGACGCGGAGUUGACGUUGUUUUGAAUUCAUUGGCGGAAGAAAAGUUACAAGCUAGCGUGAGAUGUCUUGCAAGGGAUGGCCGAUUCCUUGAGAUUGGUAAAUUUGAUUUAGCAAAUGACAGUUUUCUAGGAAUGUCUGUUUUCUUAAAGAACACCACAUUCCAUGGUAUACUAUUGGAUGCGCUAUUUGAAACUAAUUGUCCAGAGAAAAGAGAGGUAGUAAAAUUAGUUAGCGAAGGAAUUAAAAAUGGAGCUGUAAAGCCACUCCAAUCAACAGUCUUUUCGGAACAACAAAUUGAACAAGGAUUUAGAUUUAUGGCCACUGGUAAACAUAUCGGCAAGGUAUUGUUAAAGAUUCGCGAUGAAGAAACACAGAAGGUCGUACAACCAUUCUCAAAGACUGUAGCAGCUAUUCCACGAACAUACAUGAAUCCAGACAAAUCGUACAUACUUGUUGGCGGUCUUGGUGGAUUUGGAUUAGAACUUGCAAAUUGGAUGAUAACUCGAGGUGCCAAGCAUGUUGUUCUGACGUCAAGAUCAGGUAUACGAACCGGAUAUCAAGCAUUGUGUGUUAGACGUUGGCGUGAAUCCGGUGUAAAUGUUGUCAUUUCUACAAUCGAUGUUACAACAUUAGCUGGUGCAGAGAAAUUAAUUGAAGAAUGUAAUAAGAUAGCUCCUGUUGGUGGCAUAUUUAACUUGGCUGUUGUCUUGAACGAUGCUCUCAUUGAAAAUCUUAAUGAAAACAAUUUCAAAAAUGUUGCAUUACCUAAAAUUGAUGGCACAAAGAAUUUAGAUUUAGCCUCAAAAAAACAUUGCCCUUCUUUGGAUUACUUUGUUGUAUUUUCAUCGGUAUCUUGUGGAAGAGGCAAUAUAGGACAAACUAAUUAUGGUCUUGCUAAUUCAGCAAUGGAGAGAAUAGUAGAACAAAGACAAUCCAAUGGUUUACCUGGUUUGGCUAUUCAAUGGGGUGCCAUUGGUGAUGUUGGUUUAAUUUUAGAAAGUAUAGGAAAUAACGAAACAGAAAUAGGUGGUACUCUUCCACAACGUAUAAGCAGUUGUCUCUCAUCAUUGGAUGUAUUCCUUCAACAAUUCCAUCCUGUUCUAUCGUCUUUAGUUUUAGCGGAAAAACAUAAAGCGACUGAUAAUUCGAAUCAAGUUACUCUCGUCCAAGCUGUUGGAAAUAUUCUAGGAAUCAAAGAUGUCAAGAAAAUAAAUCCAAGUAAUACUUUGGCUGAUUUAGGAAUGGAUUCAUUAAUGGGUACUGAAAUAAAACAAACUCUUGAAAGGAAUUACGAUUUAGUCCUAUCAGCUCAAGAAAUUCGUGGAUUGACGUUCAAUAAAUUAUUGGAAUUGUCAUCCGAUAAUAACACAGAUACGAAUGAUGCUGCUGCAGCAACUACAAAUAGUAAUACGACAGAAAAUGUAACAGACGAAUUACUAUUCCAAUAUUACGAAACCGAAAUUGUACCUAAAGUAUCUCUCGUAGAAUUAGAAACUAAGAAUUCAAAGGGUACACCAUUGUUCUUGGUUCAUGCUAUAGAAGGAAUCAUAUCUCCUCUUAAAACUUUAGCUGCUCAAUUAGAUCGGCCUGUUUGGGGAUUUCAAUGUACCCAAGAUGCUCCGCUUAAUUCCAUAUCGGAAUUGGCUGAAUUCUAUAUAAAGAUCAUGAAACAGGUACAGAAAAAAGGUCCAUUCCAUAUAGGAGGAUAUUCUUUUGGUGCCUGUAUAGCUUUCGAAAUGGGAUUACAAUUAGAAAAAACUGGUGAAAAUGCUGUUUUAACUCUUCUCGAUGGUUCACCGGCAUUUAUUACUUUGCAUACGCAGAAAAUUGGAAAACAAGGUAAUCAGAUAAAUAAAGAUGAAUUAUUUGACGGUUGUCGAAAAGCUUUGGCAUUCUUCUUGAAACAAUUUAGAAAGGAUAUCAAUUAUCUUCAGGCAUAUAGUAUCUUAAAAGACACAGAAACCGAAGAGCAGACGUUAGAUAAAAUGUUAGAAGUAAUUGGUAGUACGCCAUUCAAACCAGAGGAAUUAAAAAUCGCUGGUAUAUUAUUUUACAAAAAAUUAAGAGCCGCUAAUGUUUAUCAACCCAAUGAUAAAUUUAAGGGUGAUAUUACAUUACUCAAAGCCAAAGACAAUUUUGUAGCAUUGAAUUACGAUUAUGAUCUUUCAGAGAUUUGUAGGCAAAAAGUUAAAGUCGAGGAAUUACCAGGUAAUCAUAGAGAUAUUUUAGUUGGCGAUGGUAGUAAGAAAAUAGCAAGCGUUUUGCGAGUAUAAAAUUAUUUUUAAAACGAAAAAGGAAAAAUAAUUUUUUGUUUUAACCAAUACCAAAUUUGAUACUUUAUCUUAUUGGAUAUCUAUGAAGUCGUUUAAAAAAGAUAUUAACGUUCUGUAAAGUAUCGUGAUAUACUGUUUAAUUAAAAGUAUCACUAAUGAGAGAAAGAAAGAAAGAAAGAAAGAUUAUAUAUAUAUAUUUAUAUAUAUAUACCUAUAGAAUUUAGUGAUAAUAAUGACUCGUAUGCAAAGUUUUGAAAGUUCCUUUUGUACAAACAUUCCUUCGUCGUAAAGAAAAACUGUCUAUAUAUGUAAUAUCGUUUAUUGAAAUAUAUAAACUUUUGCUUUGGUGAUUUGGAUCACGAUAAUCUUUUGAAGUAAACGCAUGUUUUUAUUACAUAAAUUAUCAAAAAACAACGUGCCAAGCACAGAGCUUUAGUUUAUAUAAAUAUAAGCUAUUAAUAAUUAAUAUAACUUAAAUUAAUUGUGUAUAAAAUAAAAAAAAUAAGAUAAAAAUAAAAAUAAAAUAAAGGACUACUUUAAAUAAGUAGUUGAUAAGUUCGUGAUAAUAAUAAGCACGAAAAUAAUACUAGAAAGAUGAUGAGAAGAAUGAGAUGUCUAGCGUGUAUUUUUUGGAGAAGUCUCAAGUACUAUAAAAUCUUUCCGCUGGUUAUUGGUGGACAAAAUAACCAUCGUUAAGUUUUAUAGUUAUAUUAUCAUUAUAUUUAUUCUGUUAUUAUAUAAUUAUAAUAAUAAUCUCAUAAUCAUUUGUUGUGUUGUUUAUCUCUUUAAUUGUUUUUUCUAAUAUCGGUAUGUAUGAAAGGCACAGAAAUAACGCAGAUAUCAUAAUUAAAUUGUUUUUACAAAGAGUAUAUAAGAUAUUCACGUGUUAUGUUUUUUAGUAGAAUAAAAAAGUGGAAAUAGAACAAAAUUAACACAAAUGCUUGUUAAAGAGCGUUACGAUAGAUAUGAUAUUUGUAAAAUAUAUGCUAGAAAUAUAUUUUUUUUUAAUGUAUGUCUUUGUUUGCGCUAACAUUUUUCUUUUUUUUUUUUUACGAUUUAAUCUAAAAUUAAGGUGAAGUCGCUCCCGCGUGGUCUAUAAAGAUUCCCAUUCCUUUUGUCUCUCAUAUUGUCCUCUUAUCGCUAAUCACAUAAACACCAUGAACGUGAAUUUUUCUAUCCUAUAAACCCUUAAACCGAGAAUGCCUAUACUCGUUCCUCCACUCUCUGCUACCAAAAAUCGCUACCGCACAAUUUAUGCAAUAAAUAAUUUACUAUUGUUUUAUCAAUUUUUGAAGAAAUAUGAAAAUUCUUUAAUUAAUAUAAUUAGCGAAUUAUAUAGACAGCAUUUGUUUUAUCGAUAAAUGUAAAUGAAUAUUACCGGUGGAAUAAACAAAAUUGCAUAUCUU